GAGUUGCGGAAGUAGAAUCGUACGCUUGUGGUGGUUCUCAUUUUUUUGACAGGAGUGAACGCACAAUUCAGUGGAGAGAAAUCAAGCUGCCUGUAAUCAGAAAUGGUGGACUCUCAGUAUUACCUCCCAAACGACAUUGGGAUCUCUGCUCUGGAUUGCCGGGAGGCUUUCAAGCUGCUGUCUCCCAAAGAGAAACUGUAUGCACACUACCUCUCUCGGGCGGCCUGGUACGGUGGCCUGGUCGUGUUGAUCCAGACAUCUCCUGAGUCUGCCAAGAUCUACGUACUGCUGCAAAAAAUGUUCCGCGCACAGACGCCACUGCAGAUGCAGGAAACAGCGACUGCAGCUGGACUGAGUGCAGAGGAAUAUCAGGCCUUCCUUGUAUAUGCUGCUGGGCUUUUUGCGAACAUGGGGAACUACAAGUCAUUUGGAGACACCAAGUUCAUCCCCAACCUGCCAAAGGAGAAGUUCAAGGCUCUGGUGUGGGAGAGUCUGGCCUUUAAGGAGGAUCCCAGUGGCACAGAAGUGCUGUGGAACAGCUGCUGUGAGCCCCUCUACUCUCUAGAAGAAAAGCAGAAGCAGCUUGGUCUGGGUGAGAAGGGAAUCACGGCUUAUUUCUCAGGGAAUUGCUGCUUAGAAGAUGCAGAGUUUGCCCAGAAGUUUCUGGACUCCAAGAACCUGAGUGCCUACAACACCCGUCUGUUUAAGACAGAAGUAGAUGGGAAACGGUGCUAUGAGGUGCGUUUGGCCUCUGCAAAGACGGAGGACUGUUGUGCCGAAGAAGGGGAAGGUAAAACGUGCUGUGGAAGAUUUGAAUUUGAGGAUGCUGUGUUCUGUGUGAAGAGGGGCGAUUAUUCAUUUCUUAUGGAGAAAGUCUGUCAGAAUUUGGAGAAAGCCAAGGUUAACGCAGCUGAUGAAAACCAGAGAAGGAUGUUGGAAGAGUAUAUCCGCAGUUUUACCUAUGGCUCAGUGGAAGCCCAUAAAGAAGGGUCCCGUUUUUGGAUCAAGGACAAAGGACCUAUUGUGGAGAGUUACAUUGGUUUUAUCGAGAGCUACAGAGAUCCAUUUGGCUCAAGAGGUGAAUUUGAAGGUUUUGUUGCUGUGGUGAACAAGGCCAUGAGUGCUCGCUUUGCUCAGUUGGUGAGCUCAGCCGAGGUCUUGCUUCCGGAGCUGCCUUGGCCUCCAGCCUUUGAGAAGGACAGAUUCCUCAAACCAGACUUCACCUCUUUGGAUGUUCUGACCUUUGCUGGCAGCGGCAUUCCUGCAGGAAUCAACAUUCCCAACUAUGAUGACAUCAGACAGACUGAAGGCUUCAAGAACGUGUCCCUUGGAAAUGUGCUGGCAGUUGCUUAUGCCACGCAGAAAGACAAGCUCACAUUUCUUGAGGAGAAAGACAAGGACCUGUACAUCAAAUGGAAGGGUCCUUCUUUUGAGGUGCAGGUUGGACUACAUGAGCUGUUGGGUCAUGGCAGUGGAAAGCUUUUUGUUCAGGAUGAUAAGGGAAAAUUCAACUUUGAUCAAACUGCUGUUCGCAAUCCAGAAACAGGAGAACUGAUUUCCAGCUGGUAUAAGGGCAGUGAGACCUGGGACAGCAAGUUCUCCACUAUCGCCUCGUCCUAUGAGGAGUGUCGAGCUGAGUGUGUCGGCCUCUACCUGUGUCUCAGCAAACAGGUGCUCAGUAUUUUCGGCCAUGAAGGAGAGGACGCGGAGGAGGUGCUUUACGUAAACUGGCUAAACAUGGUUCGCGCUGGCCUUCUGGGACUGGAGUUUUACACACCAGAGAGCAAAAGCUGGAGACAGGCACACAUGCAGGCCCGCUUUGUGAUUUUGCGAGUUCUUCUGGAGGCUGGAGAGGGGCUGGUUUGUGUGAAGGAGUGCACGGGGACAGAUGGACGACCAGAUGCUGUCAUUACGCUCGAUCGCAGCAAGAUCAACACAGUGGGAAAGAGUGCCAUCCAGAGGUUCCUCUGUAAACUGCAGGUCUACAAGUCCACAGCUGAUGUAGAAGGAGGAAGAGCUUUGUAUGAGGGCUACUCUGCGGUCACUUCUGAUGGUGCCCACGACUUCCUGCGCCUCAGAGAAACGGUUCUUCUCCGCAAAGAAGCUCGCAAGAUGUUUGUCCAGGCAAACACCUUCAUCAAAGAUGACGCUGUGGAGCUGAUUGAAUAUGAGGGCAGCGCUGAAGGCCUCAUCCAGUCUUUCAUCGAGCGUUUCCCUGAUGACAGCGAGGAGGUGGACGCUCAGCUGCUGGAAAUGACCCGCAAAGACUCCCUCUGCUGGUGCUAAGAGGACACUGUCAUAUUUUGGACGACACCGAGCUGCAGUAACUUCCCGUAAUGAACAAAAAAGGCCGGAGAACACAUAAGACUGGUAAUGAUUCACACAUAAGAGGAAGGAAAAGCCGCUCUUAAGUUCAACCCCGGUGUUUUCCAUCCCACAGUUCUUCUUUCUAUAUCGCUAUUGACUUUAAAACAAAAGUAACACUGAUUAGAGUUUUAAUUAGACAUUUCUGUUCCUGCUUCAGAUCAUCCCACGCUUCCCACACAGGCAUGCCAAAGCUCCGACAGGAGUGAACUUGCUGUGUGAGGGAGGGAUUUAUGUAAUCGCAACACAUAACAUACUUUCUCAACUUGCUCUAAAAUGGAAACACGCUCUGCAGAUCCUAUCUAGUGUGGAAUUCAUCUGAUUCACUGUUUUCUGGGAGAAACGAUAGCAUUCCUUCUAAGAAAUUAAAAAUCUGUGUUGGUUUACGCGAUUUCAGGUUUCUCAAAAAUGAAAUGUCAAAUUGUUCAGUGUGGACGGUGAAUACCAACAGUCCCUACCAAAUAAAACCAAUUACUUC